AUCAGACUAAAGAGAAUGGGGAAAAUACACAGACCAAUCAGAUAUGAUCUCACCAAUAUUCCUAAUGAAUAUGCAGUGGAAGUGAAGAAUAGAUUUCAGGGACUAGACUUGAUAAAUAGAGUCCCAGAAGAACUAUGGACAGAAGUUCACAACAUUGUUCAGGAGGCAGCAACAAAGUACGUCCCAAAGAAAAAGAAAUCCAAGAAGGCAAAAUGGUUGUCUGCUGAGACACUGGAAGUAGCCCAAGAAAGAAGGAAGGUGAAAGGAAACAGCGAUGGGGGAGAUAUGUCCAACUUAAAUGCACAAUUCCAUAGGUUAGCCAGGAGAGACAAGGAACUAUUUUUAAACAAGCAAUGCAUGGAAGUGGAAGAAGACAACAGAAUAGGAAGGACAAGAGACCUCUUCCAGAAAAUCAGAAACAUCGGAUGCAAAUUUCAGGCAAAAAUGGGCAUGAUCAAAAACAAAGAUGGCAAGGACCUAACAGAAGCUGAAGAAAUCAAGAAAAGGUGGCGAGAAUAUACAGAAGAUCUGUAUAGGAAGGAUAAUAAUAUAGAGGAUAGCUUUGACGGUGUGGUGAGUGAAUUAGAACCAGACAUCUUGAGGAGUGAGGUUGAAUGGGUCUUAAGAAGUAUUGCUAACAACAAGGCAGCAGGAGACAAUGGGAUCCCAGCUGAACUGUUUAAAAUCUUGAAAGAUGAUGCUGUCAAGGUGAUGCAUGCCAUAUGCCAGCAAAUAUGGAAAACACAAGAAUGGCCAUCAGAUUGGAAAAAAUCAGUUUACAUCCCCAUACCAAAAAGGGGAAAUGCUAAAGAAUGUUCAAACUUCCGUACAGUGGCACUUAUUUCACAUGCCAGUAAGGUAAUGCUCAAGAUCCUGCAAGGCAGACUUCAGCAAUACAUGGAGCGAGAGCUGCCAGAUGUCCAAGCUGGGUUCAGAAAAGGCAGAGGAACGAGAGACCAAAUUGCCAAUAUCCGCUGGAUAAUUGAGGAAGCCAGGGAGUUUCAGAAAAACAUCUAUUUCUGCUUUAUUGACUAUCCUAAAGCCUUCGACUGUGUGGAUCAUAAUAAACUAUGGCAUGUACUUGGUGGUAUGGGGAUACCAAGUCACCUUUUCUGUCUCCUGAUAAGUCUGUAUAAAGACCAAGUAGCCACUGUAAGAACAGACCACGGAACAACAGACUGGUUCAAGAUUGGGAAAGGAGUACAGCAGGGCUGUUGUAUACUAUCGCCCUACCUAUUCAACUUGUAUGCAGAAUACAUCAUGCGACAUGCGGGGCUUGACGAAUCCAAGGCUGGAGUUAAAAUUUCGGGAAGAAACAUUAACAACCUUAGGUAUGCAGAUGAUACCACUCUGAUGGCUGAAAGUGAGGAGGAGCUGAGGAUCCUUAUCACCAAGGUGAAAGAAGAAAGUGCAAAAGCCGGGCUGCAGUUAAACAUCAAGAAAACCAAGAUCAUGACAACCCGACCGAUUGACAACUGGCAAAUAGAGGGAGAAAACGUGGAGGUAGUGACAGACUUUAUAUUUCUAGGUGUGAAGAUCACUGCAGAUGCAGACAGCAGCCAGGAAAUCAGAAAAUGUUUACUUCUUGGGAGGAGAGCAAUGGCCAACCUCGAUAAAAUACUGAAAAGCAGAGACAUCACACUAGCAACGAAGGUCCGCAUAGUUUUCUGUCAGGGGUGGGAGGAAAAUGGUGGUGUGGAGGAGCUUACCAUCGCUCCGUUGCUGUGGACCCACCAUUUCGGUACCCACCAUCACCUGAUCAGGUUUAGACUUGCUGCACCCCCUAACCAUGCCCAGGCCUGAAGCCAGACUGUGCCG